CACAUAUGAAAUUACUCUUUUAUACGCUGUGUAACAGUCAGUCUCCUCUUUUUUCUUCUCUCUCCUAUGUUGUACUCAUCUGCUCUGUCUCUAUCUCUUUAAAUGACCUCCUAAAAUGAUCUUGAGUCUUGAAGCUACUCACUCUUUAUUCUUGACAAGUGUGAUUUUGUGUAUUGGCUCUCUACCGUCUCCCAAAGUAGAAAAGCUAUAAAAUAAUAAACGGGAAAAAAAUAUCCCACUUUUGAUAUCUUCCAAUUAUAUAUCUCAUUCUCUUCUUUUUCUAUAAGCAGAAACAAACUUUCACUUCUCUCUUUUUUCAGCUUAUUCUUUCUUUGCCUCACCAUAUUUGCUCAUAUGUGUUUGUUUAUAGUAAUCUCACCAUGACAAGCAGCUAAGUCCUUCUUUCUCUCUUACCCUUUAUUUAAUUUGAUUAAUAAUCUAAAGAACCUUAUCUCUUUGAUCCAUAUAAGAAAAGCAAAACCCUAAAUCCGAUUUCAUCAUCUUUUUCUACUUCCCAAACUCAUAAACAAGCUAUGGAGUUGAUCUCACAGCAAGCAAACAAGAACCCUAAUACCUUGACACAAUCAACACCUCCUUCCUCAAGCCGGUACGAGAACCAGAAACGCCGUGACUGGAACACCUUCUGCCAAUACCUCCGGAACCACCGUCCUCCGCUCUCUCUCCCGUCGUGCAGCGGCGCACAUGUGCUAGAGUUCCUCCGCUACCUCGACCAGUUCGGGAAAACAAAGGUCCACCACCAAAACUGCGUCUUCUUCGGCCUCCCAAACCCUCCCGCGCCUUGCCCUUGCCCUCUCCGACAAGCCUGGGGCUCACUCGACGCCCUAAUCGGCCGUCUCCGUGCCGCCUACGAGGAGAACGGUGGCCCUCCCGAGGCUAACCCCUUUGGCUCACGCGCCGUCAGGUUGUUCCUCCGUGAAGUCAGAGACUUCCAGUCCAAAGCUCGUGGUGUUAGCUACGAGAAGAAGAGGAAGAGAGUCAACAGGCUGAAAACGCAAACGCAGCCGCCUCUUCAGCUGCAGCAACAACAAGAACAGCAGCCGCAACAAGGUCAGUCUAUGAUGGCUAAUUACUCGGGUGCAACAGUAUGAUCAUAUUCAUAUAUAUAUAAAAAAAUCUAUAUAAAAUUUCCCCACUUAAAUAUGUAUUGUGUCUUAUUUGCUCUCUAUGUGCUACUUCUUUGCAAUUAUCCUCGGAUGCUGUUGUUGCUUUUGUAGUUGUUUAUGAAUAAAAUAAAUUAUGAUUAUUCACGCUGAA